GGUGGUGGUGGUGGUAAUAUUGAUCCUUUAAUGUUAUUGAUUUUUUCAAUAAAUUUAAUGAUGAUAAACAUAGUGAUUGUGAUGAUGAUGGUACAGGAAAAUGAUCGUAUCCUAUUGAAAAAUAUUGAUGUAUUAACAUUCGAAUCUGGUCGUUUAACCAAAACAAGACGAAAUCAAUCAAUACAACAAUUAACAUGUGAUGGUCGUUAUUGUAAUCGUGUUCGAUUAAAAGUAGCUCAAUGUUUUAAUCUUGGAUCGAAUGGUCAAUCUAUUGAAUGGGAAUGUAGAGCUGAUAUGCCAUAUGAAUAUAGAUUUCGACAAUUAAAUUUGUCAUGUGAAGGUUAUGAUUCACCAAAAGAUGAAUAUGUUUUGGCUGAUUCAUGUGGUCUACAAUAUACCAUUAAAAAACGUUUUGAUACUACUGAUGACGAUAAUAAUUUAAUUUUGCGAUUGUUAUUGAACACAAUGAUUAGUAUAAUAGUUGUAUUUUGUAUAUUAUUUUUUGGUUUUUGUUGUUGUUUUUAUUAUAGAAAAAAAUCAAAUCCAAAUGUAAAUCAUAUCAAAUCAACACCACGAUCAAAGCGUCGUCAUAGAAAAAGAAAACAUUCACCAAAAUCACCGAGAAUUAGUAUUGUAUCACGACAAUCAUUCGAAUCAUCAAAGAGUCUUAGAAAUGGAAAACAAUCGCCAAAAUCACCGAAAAGUAGCGUUGUAUCUGGCUUAUUAGACGAUACAGCUACCGGUAAUUUUAUGGGUUCAAAUAAAAAUGCAACCAUUUCACCAAAUAUUGGUAGAACAUUAUCAAUUAGUUUAUCAUCGCAAUCAAAUGGAUUAAAACGUUCAAAUGAUAGUUGUAGUGGUGGUAGUAAGAAACAAUCGAUUGGUUUAGCAUCCAUUUCUCAACAACGAUAAACAAAAACAUGAUUAAUUCAAUUAUUUCAUUAUUAAUAAUCGAAUGACCAAAUAAAUAUUCAUUUAAUGUUAACA